AAAGAAAUAGAUAGACUAUCUCUCUCUCUCUCUCUCUCUCUCUUCUCUCUUCUCUCUUGUGUGAGUUGCUCAGAGCCAGAGUUCUACAAUGCUAGAAUGGCUCAGCACAGGCAAUCAGGAGCGGAGAGGUUCCUCGGGCCACGUGGCCAUGAUCUCCACCAUUCUUCCAACGGCGCGCCCGAUCACCUCGCCAUCGGGAUUCGCGCCGCUCCGCACAAGCCGGCUCGUCCUCGGCGCUCGGCUCGGUCCGACAAGAGUCGUCGCGUCUCCGUCGGCGCCGUCAUUGUGAUCCUCUCUCUCGUGCUCGUCGUCACCGUCUUGGCGUACUAUUACCUCGCCAGAGACACCAAAGAUAUAGAUAGUUAUCAUGUUGAGAAGGAUGAAUUGAAGAAUGAUGAUUUUCUUACAAAUGUGACACGGACACAGAGAAAUAAAGUUCUCAGAUUUGGCCAGGGUUCAGUAGGGCAUGGCCGAGACUCAAGGUAUUGGGAUAGAGAUGAUAGGAGAAGGGAUGAAGAUUACAAUGAGGACGUGGUGGAGCAUUCUGGCAUGGAUGCUACUGAUAAAGCUUCUGAUGAUGUUCUCGUGAAAAUGAGGAAUGGCAACAAGAAGCCCUCUCUUGGUGAUUCUAUCAAGGGUUCACAUCAGAGAAGCAUUGGGUUGUACAAUGAAGAUGGGCGUGAUGAAUUGAAAAUGUAUGAAGCACAAUAUGAGGCAUCUUUGGAGAAUGUGGGACGAACAUCUACGGAAAGUGGAAGUAAAGAUCAACUGUCUGAUGUUGAGGAUUUGGAAAAGCAGGAUGAGGUGGUUGAUGCUGAUGAUGAGUAUGAUGAUGGUUUUGACUUUCAUGAUGCUCGAAAGGAAGACUAUGAUGACAUUGGAGAUGAGAAAGGGGACCAUUUAGAUGUAGCAAAUUCACACAAUGAAGAUAGUAGAAACUCUAGGGAGUUGUCUGAUUUUCUUAGUGUUGAAACCAAGAAUCGGAAUGUAGCUGAGGAGGUGGAGAAAACCUCCACCAAUUCAUACGAGAAUGAUUCUUCUUUAAAUUUGCGAGAUUUUGCUAAUGUCAACACAAAUUCCAGAUAUGUUGGUGUCAUCGAAAGAAAGUCUAUUCGGUCACGGUCUGAUUCAAAGAGGAAAGCAAAGCGUCGCAAAUAUUCUGGUUCCUCUUGUGAGAUGAAGUUCUUAAACUCUACUGCACAGCUUGUAGAGCCUUUAGAAAGUAGAAAGUUUGCAAGAUUUACCUUGCAGUACACAGAUGUAGAGGAGAAGCCCAGUGGACAAGAACAAUGGGAGCCUAGGUUUGCAGGACAUCAGAGUUUGGAAGAAAGGGAAAAUUCAUUUUUGGCCCAUGAUCAGAAAAUAAAUUGUGGCCUUGUUAAAGGUCCCAAAGGAUCCCCAAGUACAGGGUUUGACUUGGCAGAAGAUGACGUAAACUACAUCAGUAAAUGCCACAUUGCUGUGGUCUCUUGCAUUUUUGGAAAUUCAGACCGCUUGAGGACACCGACUGGUAAAACGGUGACUCGACUGUCAAGGAAAAACGUAUGUUUUGUUAUGUUCAUGGAUGAAGUUACUUUGCAGAAACUUUCUUCAGAAGGUCACGUACCAGAUAGAAUGGGUUUUAUUGGCUUAUGGAAGGUUGUGCUGGUGAAGAAUCUACCUUAUUCUGAUAUGCGAAGAGUGGGGAAAAUACCUAAAUUAUUGCCACAUAGGCUUUUUCCUUCUGCAAGGUAUUCAAUCUGGUUGGAUAGCAAAUUGCGUCUCCAACUUGACCCUCUUCUGAUCUUGGAAUACUUCUUGUGGCGAAAAGGUUAUGAAUAUGCAAUUUCUAAUCACUAUGACCGGCAUUGUGUAUGGGAAGAAGUUGUGCAGAAUAAAAAACUGAACAAGUACAACCACACUAUCAUCGAUGAACAAUUUGCAUUCUACCGGGCUGAUGGGCUGCAAAGAUUUAAUGCGUCAGAUCCAAACAAGCUUCUCCCUAGCAAUGUACCUGAAGGAUCUUUUAUCAUUAGGGCUCACACUCCGAUGUCAAAUUUGUUCUCCUGCCUUUGGUUCAAUGAAGUUGAGCGGUUCACUCCUCGUGAUCAACUGAGUUUCGCAUAUACAUACCAGAAGUUGAGAAGGAAGAAUCAUGCCAAACCGUUUCGUCUUAAUAUGUUCAAGGACUGUGAGAGGAGAGCCAUAGCCAAGUUGUUUCAUCACAGAGCAGAGGAAAAGCGGAAUAUUCGCCAAAGUGCAACGGAGUAAAAAUGUGUCUUUGACCUUAUCAAUAGGAAGCUGGAUUCUCUAUGUUGUGCUUUGCCGCUCACUUCUUGAAUGCCUGGUGAAGGUAUGUCCUGUAAUGUUCUAAAUGUUGCAGAAGUGCUGCUUCUCCACAUGAUACAUGAAUUCUGUGAGUUUGAUGUGAGGGAUGGCUAUAGCGGAUGCAGAAUUUUAUUGGCAGUAAGUCAUCUGUGGUGAGAUCAACAUUCUGCAGUAUUUUGAACUGACCGUCUCUAUAGAAACAGAUAAUUGCAAUCCGCUUUAGCAUCCAUGUGAUAUCCAUUUUUUUUUUCUCAUUCAUUACUUCGUUUGAAUGCAAGCGAAGCGCCCGGUACCACAGCUACCAUUCGAUGUAUCUUCCCUUCUCACUAACUCACUGAGUUCGUUGUUGCCUGUAAGAAAUUUUGAUUGGCCAUUCAAGCUUGUAUGAUAUUUGGGCAGUUCGACUA